AUGGGGAACCAGGAAGCGCUGUCGGGCGGUGAGAUCCAGCAGCUCAUUGAACUCAACAAGAAGAUGGGCAAUCAAAGUUUGGCUACGGCAUGCCAACUUCGCCUUGAUCAGCGUCGGACCGCAGUGGGGCCCAUCCCGCCCCAGACGCAGGCCACCACGGUCGACCGUCACAUCAAACAGCUCGAGAAGAAGCUCAGCGCCGAUAUGGGUCAGUAUGAGCGUUGGAAAAAUUGGCUCGACGCCAAAAAGGAGUCAGUUGCCAAGACCAGAGUUGAGCUUCGAGAUGAGAUUGCUAAACAUAAAGGCUUGGUUGAGCAGUUACCCAGCCAAGUAUGUUCGCCAGCUCCGAUCCAGCAGAAGACCCAGGUCACGCUACAGGAGUUGCUCAGCGGCAAUGGGGAGUUCCUCGGCCUCUCCAGCGUCGAGAGCGCUUUCGGUGUCGAUGGCGACGUCUACGAGAUUCAAGAUUCAGAUCGAGAGGAGCUCGCAGCCAGAUCGCAGCAGCUACGUGAGCAGAUCUCCAAUGCGGCCAAGGACCUCUUCGGCCAGGCUUCGCAAAAGUUCCAAGAGCUCAAGAGCGCGCACAAGGCUCGCGUCCUCCGUCUCGGCAAGAAGCGCAAGACCAACGAAAGUGAUUUCAACAUGACGCCUGAAGUUGUGGCCGAUUCGGCAGUGCCAGGCUGGUUGAAGUCUAACAUAUUCACGAAGGAUGGGACAUGUACCAGCACGGGAGGAGCUCGUGCGUUAGAUUUCUUCAUCUUGGCUGCAGGCCUCAGCCGAUGCUUGCAGUCUGUCGAGACGGUGCUCGGCACCAAUAUCAAGACGCACACCCCCGUGCGCAUCCUCUUCCACCCGCAGUUGGUUGAGCUCAAGGCCCUCCAGUUCCUGAAGCCCCCGAAGCUUCCAGCAGAGCGGCCAGUCGGCCCUCAGCCUCAUCCUCCAGACCUCUCGGAGGUUUUAGAUUGCGCCAACUAUGGCAUGGAACUUGUGGCUCGGAAGGCCCCCAGAGGCCAAGUGCAGCGGCGCCUCGACGCGCUGUAUCGUCUCUGGGGUGAUACCGCCGAGUGGGAAUUGUCUCAGGUCCUCCAGACGGACCUGCCUAUUUGGGGUACUAGGGGCAGACGGCCUCGCCUGGCCUGGGUCUCUGCGCUCGACAGGGACUCCAGGGCCUCUUACAAGGACCCCAUGCUGUUCGCAGGCAGAUGGCUGUCUCGCUCCAUUCGGUUUCUCCUGGGUGCCAUGGCCGACGGCGACGUCGUCACUUUCAACAAAUAUAAACAUCACAUCCUGGAG